CAACGGUCCACGGACAUUCAAUUUCUGGAAAAGAAUUGCGACGUGGACAACCAAGUAAGUGAGCAUGACGACAGCCAUGCUGCGUCUAGAGGUGUCCCUAGCGACAUCUGUUGUUCUGGUGGCCCUUGUUGCCACGUCCUUUGUGGCCACCGCUGUGCCGCUGACGUUGCCCAACUUGACGGACGGAAGCAGCGACUUCGACCGUGUCACCAACGACCUCCUGGCCACUGGGUCAAAGCUCAGCGUCGCGCCAAGCGUCGUGGCGGGGCUGUCCAUCGGCGUCGGCACAAUCGUGGCGCUCUUUGGCUACAAACUGUUUCGCCCGGUGCUGUUUGUGUGCGGGUUUGCAGUCGGGUCUGUGCUGUUCUACUUGCUGGCCGAAAAGGUGUUUGCCAAUCAAACGUACAUGGUCACUGCGGCGUGGAUCUGCUUUGUCGUGGGGGGUCUCAUCGUCGGCGCCACGGUCAUGUGUGUGUGGAAGCUUGGUGUGUUUAUGGUCGGUGCCGCCGCAGGCAUUGUGCUCGCAUUCCUCGUCAACAACACCGUCGGGUACAAGCUGUGGCCGUCGAAUCCGAGCGGCAUGCUGUACAUUCUCAUCGUCGCGUUGGGCAUCCUCGGUGGCUUCUUGGCUCGAUGUCUGGAGCGCCCGUUCCUCAUCGUCGCCACCAGUUUCUUCGGGGCGACCGCGGCGGUGUGGGGCGUGGGGUACUUUGCAGGCAAGUACCCGUCUGGCAGCGAUUUGGAGUCAUUGCGUGUUCAGGUGGCCGACGGAAGCUUCGUGUACUCAAUUAGUCCUGCGUGGUGGGCGUACUUGGCAGCCACCGUGGUAUUCUUUGGCAUUGCUAUGUACAUGCAGUUUGCAAAGACAGCAUGGGGGGUGCAUCAUCACCACCACCAACCCAACAACCAACAACGAAGCCGCGCCGUGCCAGGUGGGGACUACCAAGUGUCUGCAACUCCAGGCCAACCAGCGUUGCACGUAGCCCCAUAUUGAAGAAGCUAGUUUGCAAAGUGUCGUUAGGUCAUUGCUCUGUGACAUGGUUUUGCAGUCUAUACAACCAACGGUGCUUCAUGCACGCACACACACUGGUCUUACUAAACACAUCGACAGUGUUGUCACGUCCACGCGGUGUCACGGAUUGUUUGCUUGAGGCUGCAACACGAACCGAUAUUGCACCAUCUAGCCAGUUCCCCGCUUUGUUCAUUUCCUUGCAGACACCCCACAAACGUGU